CAUGACAAAGAUAGUGAAAUUUUGAUUAAAAAAGGAAGAAUCAUACGCGUAUAACUCUUUAGUUCUUGCCUAAUUCACCAUUUUUUGAUAUCAGAUGAUAACAGAAUUUUGUUUAGUAAUCUGGUAAUCUGAAUCUUUCAUUCCGCCGCUUCUAUGGUGUUUAUUUUGUAAUGAAAUAAUUUAAAAUUUUCGGAUUUAUUUUAUGUUUUUACUGUGUUAGUUCUCACUUUCAUUUGUUAUUUUCAAUUUUAUUUAUAGGAUGGAUCUACAGCGUAUUCUGUAUAUAACAAAAUAUGUAAUUAAUGUCAUAGGCAUUAUAAUAACUAAUUUGUAUUGUAUACCCACAUACCUAUUAUGGAUGUGGGUUAUAUUGCUGCCUUUUCGAAUCAUUAAUCAUCCAGGCUAUUGGUAUCUGGAGGGUGUUAUGUUCAGGUGGUUACUCACAGUUGUGGCUGGAUGGGGGUGGAGAUCUAAAUAUCAGAUUGUUGAAAUGGGAGAUGAUGUAAGUGCUCUCGAAAAAGAAAGGUGCCUGUUUUUAGUAAAUCAUCAAUCCACAGCAGAUGUUCCUUUAUUGAUGUUGGCUUUUCAAGAAAAGGGCCGUGUUUUGGAAUCUAUUAUGUGGAUAAUGGAUAGGUUAUUUCGAUAUACUAAUUUUGGAGCUGUUUCUGUCACACAUGGUGACUAUUUUAUAACUCAGGGUAAAAAUGUUCGAGAUUACCAAAUGAAGAGGCUUAGGGAUCAUUUAUUAAGAGUGUAUCUUGGUCGAAACAGAAAAUGGAUUGUUCUUUUUCCUGAAGGAGGUUUUCUUUCAAAACGAUUAGAAACUAGUGUAAAAUAUGCUACAAAAAAUAACUUCCCUAUACUUGAACAUGUAACCCUUCCAAGGGUUGGAGCUAUGGAAGUUAUUUUGAAUACUCUGGGUCCUCAUGCAAAUUUGAAAGAUGCUGUUGAUGAGGAUGUGUCUCUAUUAAGUGGCACAGAAGAAGAAUGUGAGCCUCUCAAGUGGGUAAUCGAUACAACCGUUGCUUACCCUGAUCGACAUAGACCUUUAGACUUGCUUGCCAUUUGUACAUCUUACCGUCCUCCUUGCUCUGUGUAUGUACACUAUCGCUGUUAUCCCAUAAGUGAAGUGCCCUUGGACAGUCUGGAGUCCUUAAGAGACUGGACAUAUAAACGCUGGUCAGAAAAAGAAGAACUUUUAAAAGAAUAUUACACCACAGGGAAAUUCCCACAUAUACCUGCCAGUCAGAGAAAGAAUGAAACUUUAAACAGCAAUAGUCAUAGAUCGCAUGAAGUAAGAAUGGAUAUUCGGCAAAUUAUUCUUAUCCACACUAUCUUUCUUUCAUCUACUCUCUUUCAUUGUUACUUGUUGUGUAAAGUGUGGAAUUAUGCUCAGUAUUAGAAGGAAAGAUGCUGGAAUUUGUUGCCUUAAAAAAUCGGAGCUUGCAGGGCCAUUUUAUGGAAUGCAUGCUUUCUAUACAUACAGAGAAUUAUAGAUACUUGUUUUUAUAACAUAUUUUACUUUUGAAUCACAAUGGAUUAGUUGUUCUCUACUUUUAAAUGCAUGAUUUUUUUUACAUUUAAGUGUGACGUGUAUAAGGCAGUGAAAUCUUACAUUGACAUACGAAAGCAUAUUUUUUUAUAACAUGUCUCUCAACCCUGUAUAUCAUUAGAAAUUAAUUCCAAAGUGUGCUCUUGAAAAAAAAAAAUUCUUUGCUUUAGCUUUUUCUAAAGAAAUAAAUACUGCAUAUUACAUAUGUUAUGAUUCAGAUGCUAUUUUCCAAACUUGUAUUUGUUGUGAAGUUAAAAAGAAUAGCAUUUGAUUGUUAUUGUUUGUACUUGUACCUGUGAUAAUUCUGCACAUGUUAAAUCUGUGAUAAUUGUGGUAACUUGUUUUAAUGCUUUAACUAUUUGAACGAUUUCAACUUAUUGAUCCAUGUCUUAAAUAAUUAACAGGUGGUUUUACAGAAGAAAUUUCUACACUUUGUGGUGUUUGUAAAAUUAGUGUAUUUUUAAAGUUGUUGAUUUAGAUAAUUUUUGUUUUGCUGCCUCUGCAAUUAAUUCUUUGUUCUACAUGUUUAAUGUAUUAACCAUUUUAUUUAUGAUUUUUCUUGCUUGUAUUUCUUGCAUAUUUCUAAAAAUUUUUUUAUUAUAUAAACAAUAUUGAAAACAGUGCAUUAGAAGAUAAUUGAUGAAUUUUAGAUUUUAUUUAGUUUGUUUCCUUUCAUAUUUUUCACAAGUUAAUUAGUGUUUAUUGAAUUAAUUUUAAGUUACUUUACUAUCAAACUUUUAUUGAAAUAUUUGAUUUAAUUAUGGAAAAAAAUUGCCUAUCAUUUGUUUCCAAUUUGAAAUAUAAAAAAUGUUUU